CCAGUUGGACAGCUCACGAUCGGACGUUCUUCUGGUGAUCAACCCUCCUCUUCGUGCUUUAACGUCAAAAAGAAACACGCGAGAUAGCAUAAAACACGUCCACAGUCUACUCACUCCCCUAGGACCGCAAGAUAACCAAUCAUUUCCUUGAGUCUACGCCCUCGCCCUCGCAAUGGCGACCACAAGGCCAGACGAUGGCAACCUUCCCGAGGUCGUACCGGAUGUGUCGCCCCAGGCCCUCACGCAGGAGGAGUUGUCCGCCAGAAGCGGCCUUGCAGGGGCGGAGGGCAAAUACCCGUACACGCACGACGAGAGAAAGGAACACGUUUCCGCCGGCCUUGGCUCGGACGCGCACAAAGAGGUGGUGAGCCCGAUUUCGCCAGAUGCGCAGACACCGACAGGGGACGGUGCCACCGCCGGACCUUCGUCGGCACUGGGACCCCGGAUUUGCGGAGUCAAGAGGAAAACGUUUUGGGUUCUUUUGGCCGUGGCCGUCGCCGUUGUCAUUGCCGUGGCAGUCGGCGCCGGUGUCGGUGCCACACGGGGAGGUAAGGGUGGGGGAGACGCGCAGGCACAAGAGCAGGAACCGUCGGCGACGUCGGCGACGUCGUCAACGGAGGCAUCGGCAGCGCCUACGGCCACAUCAUCUUCUACCGAGGCCACUUCUUCCAUACCUUCAUCAACUUCAUCCGCGGCCGAACCGAUGCCGACCUUCCUCAACGGGACCGUGACACUACCGGCCGGGGACUUUGCUUUCCAAGGGUUCUCGGAUGUGAACUUUACCGGGAACUACACGGAUAUUCACCAAGCAGAAGGAUUCAUUGACUUCCCCUUCGACGUCAUGAGCUACGUCUGGCUGCACAGCCAGACUGGCUGUUGUAUCAACUUUUGUCAGGGUCUCAAUAACGUUACCGGCUACCGAUGUGACCCCCGGGAGCAGCCCGAGGCGAGCGGCGGCUUCAACCGUCUAUAUAUUGGCUGUGGGGGUGAUGCCCCGCGAGAGGAUCAAAACAGGUUCUGUUCAUGAUGAAGAAUGCCUGCCAUGGUGAUGGUGUCUUCAACGCGAUCAGAUGUGUUAUCUUAUGUAAAGUUGUGGAGCAGCAUGCAGGGACUCGGUCAAAAUUCCCAUUCACAGGCGAGGUCACGAUGUGCCGCAUUAUUUUAUUGCUUUUUUGUUUUCUUUCCUUUCUUUCUUUCUUUCUUUUCUUCGCCCUCGUUGGCUUUCUAACGUCAAUAUGUCAGGGUUCGGUUGGGUGGGAAACUUUUGAACUUGAAAACUGGCAGGAGUAUUGAGAAAGUUAAAGAGGUUAAUUGGCGGGAAAUGGUAGUCCACAGAUUUCGGGCGCGUGUUU